AUGCCUCUCGAAGACGGUGAAAUCCCUGGGGACGCACUUCUCAUUCUCCUUCCCUUGUUAAUUGUCCUCUCUACUCUUCUCUUCAUUCUAUUUCUCGUAUUAGUAUGCGCUUUACUACUACGCCGCCGACGCGGUAUCAUGUUACGUGACAUGGAUGGUCCAGUUGACCUCAGCAGAGAGGAUUUCGCAGACGGAGAGGGUGGUUUUGAGGGUAUUGAGUCACGUUGGCUGGAAAGUGUGAGCGAGUCUGUUCGUCGGGCUUAUCUCCGCGCUCGAGACUACCAGCUCCAGUACCACCCCAACUCUCUGCCAUCCGACAUCACCCUUUCACAAUUCCUAUCGAUCCAAGAGAAAGGCGUGUCAGCCUGGUCGUUCGAGCCUGACUACGAGACCGUCAACUCCCUGCUCGUUCAUGCCCGCACAGAAAUCACAUUCCUUCCCGACCCAGCUUCCGCUUCUUGUGUCCAGUCCAACUUGCCCUUACCCAAGCUCAACGAGGUCUAUUACUGGGAGGUCAAGAUGUUCGACCUCCCUGAGUCCACAAAUGUCGCUGUUGGCCUCGCCACCAAACCCUACCCCGCCUUCAGACUUCCCGGCCUGAAUAGAUAUUCUGUGGCUUAUCAUUCCAACGGUGAAAAGUCGCACAACUACCCCUUCACGGCUUCCCAGUUUGGUCCACCACUCAAAGAGGGCGAUGUACUGGGUGUAGGCUAUCGGCCACGAACAGGUACUCUGUUCUUCACUCGUAAUGGUCGCAAGAUGGAGGACGCUUUUGUUGGAUUAAGCCGCUGGAAUCUCUUCCCAACUAUUGGUGCAGACGGGCCGUGUAGUGUCCACGUCAAUCUAGGACAAGCAGGCUUCGUCUUCAUUGAAGCCAAUGUCAAGAAAUGGGGACUAGCUCCGAGCGUUGGGACUCUGGCACCGCCACCCGCCUAUGGCAGUGAACGUGGUAGCAUUCUUCUUGAUGUUGGGGGCCGUCAACGGCGAGGUGAUGGUACACCUCAGACAAGUUCGGGUGCAUCUUCUCCCAGGCGAUCGUCACAUCGUUCCCGCCGACCGAAGCCACCUGGCCAAGUCUCCUCGCCACUUCGCCCUUCUUCCAGUGAUAUGCCUAUGACCCCACCACCACCAAUCACCCCCAUUAUCGAGGAAACGCCAGAUAUAGGUGCCGCUGGACCGUCCCGCACUCGAUAUAUUUCUCCUUCCGACUUGGCAUUCCAUACUCCUCCGCAUAACAAUCUGCCCAGCGAUGUUCAAGACAGCCCCCAGGGGCUCUACGCCGUCUUCACCCGCUACUUCUUCACGCUCUUUGUCACCAGAUGCAGCUGCCCAGAGAUGACCAUCCAGGUACAUCCGCCCCCUGAUACUCCCAUGACACCCAAUCCUCCAACGCCGAAUGUGCUUGAUAUUCAUUUGCAGGCACUUUCUUCUUCAUCCCAUCGACGGUCGUCCAGCAAUGGAAGCCAGUCAAGUCGGGACCAGGACGACAGAUUUGCUUCCGACUCGAUCAGUAGGCGGGAGCCCCCAGCGUAUUCGCCUUUGGAUGCUUUUGCUUAUCAAGACGGGGUUCACAUCGACUUGCCGGCGGAGGUGAUAGCUGCAGCGUUAGAGGGCAACGCGAUCCCCGCAACUUCAAUUGGGCAGGGAAACACGGACAGGAGGAGAAGUCGAAGACAUUAA